UCUGUUAUAUAUAUAUACAACCUACAUAACAUCUAUGAGGAAACACAAAGUGUCGCUUAAUUCUUUGGGUUCUAAACUAUAUUCUUCUCAACUUCCACAACUCAUAUUGGAUAAAAUCUUUUUAAUCUAUUUAUAUUCAACUUUCUACUUUCAAAGAUUCAUUGAUUUGUGUUGAAAAUUUUAACAAAAAUGGAAGAAUUCGGCUGGGAAAGAAACAUAUCGUUUCCAUGGAGUAACAAUAACAUCAAUCAUCAUCAACAAGAACUCGAAGAAACCUUCAAUUUCGGUUCAGAAAACAUCUUCUUCAACCCGAUCCAAGACCUUCCAAAACCCGGUUCAAGUUCAACCCCGACAACCACCACCGCCGGUUCACUUCAUCCACUACCCUCAAGUUUCGGUUCUGCCAGUCAACAUUGGCGUCAAACGUUGACCAUCAAUAACCCACCAGAGGACAAAACCGUAAUUCCCCUCACCACCGCCGCCCCAGUCAUCUCACUUGACAAUACGACGUCGCAUGAAUACUUAUCCAAGAAAGUUGUUAAAAACUUUAGCGACGACGUCGUUUCGUCUGACGAUUCCGUCACUAUUGAUUCCCAUUCGCAAUCCUCAUCGGAGAUAAAACCCAACAACGGCGGGUCAAGAUCCAAGAGACCCAGAUCGGAUCCGGGUCAACCCGAUGAAACAGACUCCGAGGUUGUUGUACAGAUGAAGGAGAUGAUAUACCGAGCGGCAGCUUUCCGGCCGGUGAGUUUUGCCGACGAUUAUGUGAUGGAAAAGCCGAAAAGAAAAAACGUGAAGAUAUCAAACGACCCGCAGACGGUGGCUGCACGGAAACGGAGAGAGAGGAUAAGUGAGAGAAUUAGGGUUUUGCAGAAACUGGUACCCGGUGGGAAUAAAAUGGAUACAGCUUCAAUGCUUGAUGAAGCUGCUAACUAUUUGAAGUUUUUGAGAUCGCAGGUCAAAGUCCUGGAGCAGUUUGGGCAGAAGGUUGAUUAUGUGGGAUGUGGUACAAGUACUAAUGCGUAUGGUACAAGUCAGAAUGGUGUUUAUAAUGUUACUAGUAGUACACUUGGGGUACCGUUUUCCAUGCAUACUCCUUUUUUACUACCUCAUCAAUAUUCAACAGGUUUACCCUACUCUGCCAACUGCAUGAAAUAGUUGUACAUUAUGCAGCAGAAAGUGUACUUAAGGAAUGCUAAAGUGCUAAACCUCAAACUCUAAUUUGAUUUUGGGUGUUGUUUAAUUAAUGUGUUUAAAGAUUGUGUCAUUACUCAUUAUUGUAAUUCUCUGUAUUUGGCUAUUUUCUACACUUUGCCAUCACUAAUUGUUCAAACAAGUAAAUUUCUCUUGUGCGUUACGGCGGCAUUGAGACGUAAAGUAACGCGGAUUUAUAUUGUCUAAUAAGAAUAUAUUUUGUUUGACC